GCAGCACCACCUGGAAAAAACAUAAAGCUGGACUUCAGAGGAGAGUUCUUUGAGCUGGAACCUUCAGACAGAUGGGAUGGCAGGUGUGAGGACACCAAUGACUACCUGGAGGUCAGGGAUGGUGCCCACGGAUACUCGACGCUGAGGGGCAGGUUCUGUGGCACCGGGUUCCCAGAGCCCAUAGUGUCUUCUGAUAGACACCUUUGGCUCAGUUUCAAAUCCGACGAGAACAUCGAGAUGCGGGGUUUCCAGGGCGUCUUUACAUUUGUCAACAACAGUGGUGAGACUCCAGAUAGAGAAGCUUGUCGGUUGGAAUUGGGAGGCAUCCAGGGCAUCAUCACACACAAGCAAAUCCCUGAGGAGCAGAAAAACUUUACCAGGAAACACUCCAAGAGGCUUGACUGCACCUGGGUCAUCAAGGUUGAGGAGGGGUACAAGAUUUUGCUGUCCUUCCUGACCUUUUCCCUGGAGCAGCCCAACGAAUGCGGCAUCAACUUCAUGGACGUGUACGGAGACAAGACCAACGAGCAAAGCAACUUGCGCCACUUUUGCGGGAGCAUGGCCGAAACGGAGCUGACCCCGGGCCACCUGGCCCACCUGCGGGAUUUUGAUGGACCGUCUUGGUUUGCAGAUGACAAAUGUUUUGACACGGAGUUUGACUGCACUGAUGGGACUUGCAUUGACAAGGCCCUUUUGUGCAAUGGAAUCCACAAUUGCAAAUUUAUGCAGGAUGAAAUGGAGUCCGAAUGCAAAACUACUGAACCCGGCACAAAGAAAUUUGCAGAAAGCCACAUCCUGGUGAUCAUGACUAUUGGCUGCAUGUUACUCGGAGGAAUGUGCUUCAUCAUGGUCUUCAAUUGCAUACGAAAGCUACGAAAUGACAGAAGAGAAUACAAGGUG